GGUUUAGCAAUGUCGAGUGAUUGGUUGUUGAACGGUAGCAGCGGAGAAGAUUAUUCAAACGAUGAAACGACGAACUACGAUGAAGGCGAAGCAUCCGGCAAGACAAUUGACUCGAUCAGUCGAUCGUUGCAACGGUUUGAUUGGCCCGACUAUGUUGUGUUUGUGCUAAUGCUGCUGAUCUGUAUCGUGAUUGGGAUUUUCUUCGGUUACCAAGACCAUCAGAAGCAUAAGCAGCGGCGAAAGGGCGCCCGUCGAGAGUCGGAAGCGCUGGACUAUUUGGUCGGUGGUAGGAAGAUGCAGAUAUUCCCGGUAUCGGUUUCGUUGGUCGCUAGUUGGAUCUCUGGCAUCUCGCUGUUGGGGACAUCUACCGAGAUUUAUGUGUAUGGCACGCAGUACUGUUACAUAGUGUUUGCGGUGAUUAUAAUGGGGUUUGUGAUGCAUCACGUUUUUCUGCCUGUUUUCCACGAGUUACAAAUUACAUCUGCUUAUGAGUAUCUUCAGCGAAGAUUUGAUCAUCGAAUGAGGCUUUUUGGAUCAAUACUGUUUACAGUCGCGUGUUUGCUUUGGAUGCCUAUCGUCAUUUACGUUCCAGCAUUGGCGUUCAACCAAGUAACCGGAUUGAGCAUACACGUCGUCACACCGAUAGUUUGCAUGAUCUGUGUGUUUUACACCAGCAUUGGAGGAUUAAAAGCUGUAGUUUGGACGGAUGUAAUACAGUCAGGAGUGACGUUACUAGCGUUACUUGCCGUCCUUAUCAAAGGCACUUUCGAUGUCGGAGGGCCUGCCGAAGUUCUACAACGGAAUAUUGUCGGUGAUCGGCUGGAAGCUCCAAUCGUCGAUCCCGAUCCUACGCUUCGACAUUCCAUCUGGAUCAUUUUGAUUGGGGCACCUGUAUGGUUUUGCUACGGUGUAUCAUGCAGUCAGGACAUGAUUCAACGAUUUCUGGCAUUACCCACUCUUCAAGAUGCUCGAAAAGCGUUGAAAGGUUUUGUGAUUGGAUGGAUUGUAGUGAAUUUUUUGUUCUUUUUAAUCGGAAUGCUGGUGUAUGCUACGUAUUACCGGUGUGAUCCUCUGACGACGCAGCUGGCUAGAGCAAAGGAUCAACUGUUGCCAUUGUUUGUGAUGGAAACGUUUGCAGCAUAUCCGGGCAUGACUGGAGUGUUUGUAGCAGGUAUAUUUAGUGCAGCUCUCAGUUCGUUGUCAUCAGCAUUGAACGCGUUAUCUGCCAUCACGCUAGAAGAUUUUUUCAAACCGUACAGUAAGAAACCGCUGACAGAAAAGCAGAUCCACUACAUAAUGCGAGGCUCUGUAUUGAUAUAUGGUGCGAUAUCUGUGUUACUAUCGAUGUUGGUAGAGCAUCUAGGUACGGUGAUGCAGCUGACAAUGACAUUAAGUUCAGCCUCUGGAGCGCCUCUUUUUGGACUUUUUGUCAUGGGUAUACUGAUGCCUUGGGUUAAUGGAACGGGAGCACUUUAUGGAGGCAUUACUGGCUUGCUCGUGAUGCUGUACAUGUGUUACAAAGCACAAUAUUCGAUUGCUUCAGGCAGCAGGACAUUCGACACGAAACCGGUAUCGGUAGAAGACUGUCCUUACGAUUAUGCUUACAACUCAACUGCAGGAGUUACAGAAAUGGAGUCCGAGCUCGAACAGGUCGAGAAGUCAAUCUAUCACAUGUCUUACAUGUACUUUACGUUAUUCGGAACGAGCGUGACUUGUCUGGCAGGUACGGUGGUAAGUUUUCUUUCGAAACUUCGUGGAAGCGAUCGUCCGAAGUCGAUUGAUCCGAAACUAUUAGCACCGUUUAUUAGAAGGAUGCAAUCUAGUGGGAUACCACUGACGUUCCAAGCAGUACCAACAGAUAGUAAACAGGCUGAAACGAGUGAGGCAGCUUUGAAACAACCUGAAGAAGGAUGA